AUGGCAGCUGUAAAGAAGAAAACUUGUCUCAUCGUUAUUGAUGGAUGGGGCAUAAGUGAUAAUACAGAAGGUAUAGCACAGCAAUGUCAGAAAUAAGCAAUUUUUCCAAAUUUGUCAGCAUAUUUUUCUUGCAUACUGUGUAAUCAGUACUAGCUGUCAACAUGAUCCCUUUGAAAAACAUUGAUUAUGUUUAUAAAUAUGUAUAUAUGUUAUGUAAUUUUGACAUUUUAUGUACAGGAUUUACGAAAGUGAUAUUCGUAAAGUUACUCUGUAAAAGUUAUUCUGUUGAUGUAAACUAAUUGCAACUGGCCACCUAUAUAUCAAGUAAUGAUUUUAUUAGCCAUGAAAGGCCCAACUGGGAUGGAUGAUAAGAUCAUGACUGAUUGCAUGCAUUUUGGCAUGCACGAUUUGCAGAGUUGUAGGCCAGCUCAAUUUCGGAUUACUUAAAAGUAGUAAUAUAAAAUAGGACUGUCAUUACAUGACAUACUGAAAACAUAAUAACCUGCAGGGUGAAAAUUAAGAAUUUUUCUGGCAAUCGGGCCGACUGGCCAACAAUGAAUUUCAAUAAUUGUAAGCUCCUUUUUGACCUACAAAUUUCUAGGAAAUGCAAUAUAUCAUGCUGACACACCAGUUAUGGAUGCAUUCUCAAAGAAUACUGACCAAUAUCUUACGCUCGAUGCAUCUGGAUUGGCAGUAGGACUUCCAGAUGGUCUCAUGGGAAAUAGUGAAGUUGGUCAUCUAAAUAUUGGUGCUGGUCGAGUCAUUUAUCAGGCAUGGAAUAACAUAUAUAGGCAAUGAUUAGAUACACUACUUUGCACUCCUUAAAAAAUGUACUCAUUUGUUACAUAUCUCUCUGGAAAAUGUGCACAUUCCUAGACCCUAGAUGUAAAAAUCUGACUAUUUAGAAGAUCUCACCCUUUCAAUUAAUUUUACACAUGCCUGCAGAAAGUCUACAAUUCUUUUGGAAAAUAUAAUCUUUUAAAUGGGUCAUUCCAGAAACCAUCCAUACCAUCCCCAUAGAGGAAAUUGGAAGUUAACCCCCCUACCCCCUUCGGAUGUGCUAAUGCAUUUACUAUUAUCAGAAACAAUUUUGUCUUCCCUCCGGACAGCAGAAAUUUCCUCCGUGGGGGGAGUGUGGAUCCUUUCUGGAACGACCCAAUAUAAUGUAAAUUUAUUAUGCAAAGCUUUCGAUCCGUAAGCCCGGAUCUUCAUCAGUGCUAAUAAUAUGUGACUUGUUCAAUUCACAUGUUGUGAUCUGUUGGCUUGCGUCAUUUGAAAUUUAAUUAAACAGUACAUCAACCACGUCAUUUUAAACGUAGUGAAGUGAAUUUUAAUUAAUGCACGCGCAUCCAAAACAAUUUUAACCUUCCUCAAAAAUCUGCACUAUCUUGAAAAUCUCAUCCAAACUUAUUUCCUUAAUUAAUCAUUGAACCAGCUAGACACCUUAACCCAAAGUGUGUCAGCACUCCCCUUGACGAGAUAAAAUGUCUGGUGUUAGAGUAAAAUAAUAAAGUAUGGUGCAUUAGGGCACAAUGUAAUCUAAUGGGGUUAAUAAAGUUACUAACCUGAAAAUGCGCACUUUCUCUAGAAUGUCAUUGGCUAUUUGCACCCCCCCCUGUGGGUGUUCUACAAUAGUAUACUGUUGUCUGGUUAUUUUUCGGUUAAAUGUUUCAUCUUCUAUAAUAGGACAUUGUACGGAUCAAUAAAGCAGUGCAAGAGAAAACACUUAUACAGAACAAAAACCUGAUUGAAGCAUGUAAUAAAGCAAAGAAUGGAAAUGGACGGCUGCACUUUCUAGGGCUUGUAAGUACCAAUAAUAGGAGCCAUCCUGUACAGUAUAUCAAUCCUAGACAAACCUCAUUCAGGCUGUUAUAGCUAAGAUGCUGAGUCAAAAUUAGUAUCUGGAGUGAUGGGAUGCUAGCAAUCUUUGUGAAACUGCAAUGCAAAGCUAAAUCAAUAAAAGAUAAAUAAGACAGCGUUUUCUCCUCUGCCAGCAAUUAUUUUUGGCACAUAUCAGCAGCACAUAUAGAUCAGUGUUUGGCCCUCAGAUGCUGGAUGCCAAUCACUCCAGCAAUUAAAAACUUAUUGUCUUUUAUAAUAUUUUCAGGUGAGUGAUGGAGGAGUUCAUUCACAUAUAGAUCAUUUGUUUUCAUUUCUUGAAUGUGCAAAGGAGUUAGGUGUUCCAAAAACAUUUGUUCAAUAUUUUGCUGAUGGUCGAGAUACUCGGCCUACUAGUGGAGGCAAGUAAGCUAUAUUUAACCAAUACUACAUUUGUGCAGCUUGUUUUUGAAGAAUGCAGAUCUAGAUUUCAAUAAGUGGUUCUGGUUUGAAAUAAUGAAUGGGAAACCACAUUGACUGCUGUUCUCAAUUUCCGACCAAAAACUGAUGAUGCCUUAAACAGCUAAAUUAUCUAGGAGUGAUAUCCCUAAUUUCUCAGGCAUGGAUUUUCUGGCGGGUGCGGGGGGGGGGGUGCGCACCCCCAGAAAUGAUUUGCACCCCCCCCCCCAAAGGCAUUUGGCACCCUCGCAAAUUACAUAUAUUUUGAUUUGAUAGUUUCAUAUUUGAUUAUUCUUACUACUAAAUUUGUAAAAUUACCAAUAUUAUGAUCUCAGAUCUUGCCAUGCAGGCCUAGAAAACAAAUUUUGUUAAACUUUUUCCUUGGCCUUUCCGGACGUUGCCACCGUGCCCCAGCCAAAACAAGCAGCAGCACCCCCCCAGAUAUUUAUCCACACCCCCCCCCCCCCGAACGAAAAUAUGAAAAUCCGUCUCUGUAAUUUCUGUUGUCAAAAACAUAGCUUUCCCUAAUGUCUCAGUUGAUGGUGUCCCACCCUAUGACUGAUGUUUGCUCACCGCCCUCAUACCAAAUCAGACAGAGUCUAUCCUAGAAUUAUAUAUUUGCCAGUUUUGGUCCCACAGUGUCCAAUAAAAAUGUUACCCUCUCCACAGUGACAUAUGUUCAACAAGUGCUUGACAAAAUAAAGGAACUACAGUAUGGCUCACUAGCCUUAGUUGUGGGUCGAUAUUAUGCCAUGGAUCGAGACAAGAGAUUUGAGAGAAAUAAGAUUGCUUUUGAGGGAAUGGUGCAAGGGAUUGGAGAGAUUGCAACACCAGAGACUGUUAUUGAGGUAUGACUACAUGUACUGUAGGUGGCGGUGGGGGGGGGGGGCUGACAUACUUAGAAUUUAGCAGGGUUACACCUUGGAUUAGUCAAGUAAGAUUACUGUCUAAAGACACUCAUUGCCCAUUGUAAGUACUAUAUUUUACAGUGCAAGUGCAUUAGUUGUUUUUCUUCAGCAACUCAAAGAUAACGUAACUACUGUAGCUGAAAAUGUAUACGAAACUGUACUUUGAAAACGGAAUUCUGGCGUUUGAAAACCAAGUUUUACCAUUUGAAAACCAAGUUCUGCCAUUUGAAAUGGGAGUUCUGGGCAUUUGAAAAGGGAGUUCUGGCAUUUGAAAAGGGAGUUUUGCUAUUUGAAAAGGGGGUUUUGCCAUUUGAAAGGAAGUUUUGCCAUUUGUAAAGGGAGUUUUGCCAUUUGAAAAGGGUGUUUUGCUAUUUGAAAAGUGAGUUUUGCUAUUUGAAAAGGGAGUUUUGCCAUUUGAAAAGCAGGGUCUGGAAUUUAAAUAUCUUUUCAGUAUCCAACUGGGAUACUAGGAUUCAAAGUUUAGUAUCCCCCCUGAGAAUGCAGUAUCCUACUUCUGGAUACUGGUUACCAUAAGUAUAUACCCUGUCCCAUCCAAUAACUCUCGCUGUUACAAAUUACAAUAAAACAGCACAUAAUAUAUGAGGAAAUUAAGGCUUGGGUGGCAAACUCACAGUAUUCAGAAGCUAUCAGGAGACUGUCAGAGGUGCUUAAAAUUUUCCUAAUGUUUGAAAUUUUCUUAGUAUCCAGUUGGGAUAUAAGUCAUUCACAGUUUGGUAUCCAAAACCAAAUUUUAGUAUCCUGUGGAUAUCGGGAUACUGCAAAUUUCAGACCCUGGAAAAGGGUGUUUUAUCAUUUGAAAAGGGAGUUUUGCCAUUUGAAAAGGGAGUUCUUCCAUUUGAAAAGGGAGUUCUUCCAUUUGAAAAGGGAGUUCUGCCAUUUGAAAAGGGAGUUUUGCCAUUUGAAAAGUGAGUUUUGCCAUUUGAAAAGGGAGUUCUGCCAUUUGGAAAGGGAGUUUUGCUAUUUGAAAAGGGAGUUCUGGCAUUUGAAAAGGGAGUUCUGGCAUUUGAAAAGGGAGUUCUGGCAUUUGAGAAGGGAGUUUUGCUAUUUGAAAAGGGAAUUCUGGCAUUUGAAAAGUGAGUUUUGCUAUUUGAAAAGUGAGUUUUGCUAUUUGAAAAGGAGUUCUGGUAUUUGAAAAGGGAGUUUUGCUAUUUGAAAAGGGUGUUUUGCCAUUUGGAAAGAGUGUUUUGUCAUUUGUAAAGGGAGUUUUGGCAUUUGAAAAUGGUGUUUUGGCAUUUGAAAAUGGUGUUUUGGCAUUUGUAAAGGGAGUUUGCGAUUUGAAAAGGAUAUUUUGGCAUUUGUAAAGGGUAUUUUGGCAUUUGUAAAGGGAGUUUUGCGUUUCAAACAUAUGACCAUAGAUUAUAGAUCAUACCAGAUGUCUCACUGUGUAUCUAUCCCUAUAAUUUUGGUGUCCGCGAUUUUCGCGCGUGCGACACUUACUGCCAAAAUGGCGCUUACUGCCAAAAUGCGUGAAUUACACUUACUGCCAAAAUGGCGGCCAACGCGUGUUCAUAAAAAAUCGCGGACACAAUUCUGGCUGAGUGAUUCAUCUGGUAUUAUCUAUCAUCUGUGAUAUGACCUUUCUGCAGAAGCUCUUCAUCUGAUUGGUUGAUUUUUUACUGAGUGUUACAAGAAAUGCUCACCCAUGACAGAAAUUUGUGAUUCAUAGAACAUUUGUUAGGAGGAAGUCUUAUGAUUUUCUCAAAUCAUCAAAUUCAAUACAGUAAUUAUUACCCAGAAAAUAAAUAUGUAUGAUAUUUUAUCAAAAUUAAAAUUGUGUGUUUUUAAUCCAGGUAAUAAAGAAACGUUACAAUGCAGAAGGUGAUGAUUGUCAAACAGAUGAAUUUCUCAAACCUAUAAUUUUAGAUCCUGACGGUCGUAUACAAGGUAAUUUUCAGUUUUCACAGGAGUUCCAGUUUACUGGGGUAAUAUCUUGAGCUUUAGUUUCCAGUGUGGGUAGCACGGUGUUGGUGGCUGUGUUACCACCAUGGUCAAAACUGAAAAAACAUGGCAAAAUAAAACGCGGCUUGAUUAUAUUUAACAUAACCAUGAUUGUUUAAUGGUAGCAGCAGUCAAAAUCUGAACCUUUCUAAUACCAAUCUCAUGAAUAACAACAAUUAUGAGACGAUACUGAUAUUGUGAUGGCAUUUUUAGAUGGAGAUACUCUGGUAUUCAUUGAUUUCCGAGCUGAUCGGAUGAGGCAGAUUGUGGAAGCAUUUGGUAUAAAACCACAGUUUGAGACUGACAAGAUACCAAAAGAUAUUGUAAGUGAUAAUUAAGCCUGGUUUCCAUAUGGUCGUAAUGGAGUGACGAUUUUUCUCAACGGCCAGUUUAUAAUAGUUUAUACCUGUAAACUACAUAUAAAUCAUAAGUAUUCUCUAGUUAUAAUCACUCCGCAUAUUUUCAGUUCCAAAAUGUUGUAUUUGGGCUGACGAGAAAGAUCGUGACUCAAUCUUUAUGACCGUUAUGACCAUAUGGAAACCAUAUGAAAAUCGAUUAUUUUUUAUUUCUUUCAGAACGUGAAUAUAAUGACUCAAUAUAAGAAGGAAUUUCCAUUUCCAGUUCUUUUCGCUCCUGGAGUCCCUAAGAAUGUUCUAGCGGAAUGGUUGUCUGUCAAAGGUGUUCCACAGUGUCAUGUUGCGGGUAUGACAGAAAUACUCUGUAUUGUGUCUCAACUAUCGGAAAAAGAUUAAAAAUAAUUCGACAUUUCAUGUAAAGUCCCUUCGACUUAAAAUUGAAAGCAAACUUCCCAACCGUUUGUUUAUGAAUUUGGAAAUAUUUCUUCAAGAAUCUUAUCUGGAUCAGUAGAAGUUGUUCUGGGUUCUUAUCUGGAUCAGUAGGAGUUGUUCUAGGUUGCUCUGAAGUUUUGAAAUAAACAGACGUGCAGAAAUACAUAAACUAAAUCCGCAGGUUAAAUUUGAACCAAUAGUUAGUGCCAAUCCAGCUUCGAACAUCUGCCCCCAGGGUUAGAACCACGUCCUAAAUGAGUGUCGACAGUUCACCGGAGUCAUUCGCAGCUUCGGACUUUAUUUUAAUUGUGACUUAUUUUAGUUCACUCAAAAAGGCUGGUGAAAUAGUCAUUGAACUAUUAUUCCAAAUUACUUCAGAUAAUUCAGUCAUCAUUGGUCAUUAAAGCCCGUUUACACUUGCAACAGGGGUGGAUCCCCCCCCCCCCCGUCGACAACUUUUUAGAGAAAAAAAUUUUCCGGACUAGUACGUUGUAAUUUGUAAACGCUUUUGCGUCACUUUCCCUCAAUUUGCUAUACCAAAUUUCGAAAAUUUUGAAAAUUAGAACACUAGAAAUGCCAUUUCCUGCGAUAUGGGCAUUGAAUUAUGAGCUUCAGUUUGACUUCAAAAAAAGAAAAACCUUGGAAAUCAUGCCAUGUUUCUGAAUUUGAUUUUUUUUGCAGCCCCCCCCCCUUGCACCCCUGUUGACCAAGGCCAACAGGGGUGCGGCGCACCCUGUGCACCCACCCUAUAAAUCCACCCCUGACUUGCAAUCUUUGCUGCGAUCUCUAGGCGUUUUUCUUCUUCUGAUGCAUGUGAACAAGUAUAUGAGAUAUGAAUAUUCGUGUACCUUCGUCUGAACAGUUGUAACCAGGGAUGGAUUUACUGGGGGGAUGCGGGGGGGGGGGGUGCACACCCCCCCUAGCCCUGGCCAGGAGGGGGGGUGCUAUUUUUCAUGAUAAAGCAAAAAAUUAUCAGAGACAAAAUGAGAUUCAGUAAUUUGAGUAAUAACAUGAUGAUAAGCGAACUGUGAACAACAAUUACAAUUCAAAUACUGUAGCUAGACUUUGCAGUGGUUAAGCAAGUUGAUGGAUGUGUUACUCGUCCGGAAAAAAAUUUUCCCUAAAAAGUUGUAAAUGGGGGAGGGAGGUUGUUGCUUUCCGAAAUUUUUUUUUGGCGGAGCACCCCCCCUACCAGACCAUGCUGGAUCCAUCCCUGGUUGUAACUCAUCCACUCGUUCACAUCCAUCAGAAGACCAGCAAAAGUUGCAAGUGUAAAUGAGCCUGCAGGAGAUUUUAUUUAUUUCUUGUUCAGAAACUGAGAAGUACGCGCAUGUGACAUUUUUCUUCAAUGGUGGCCAAGAAGCGCAGUUUGAAGGGGAAGAUCGAAAGUUGGUUCCAUCACCUAAAGUGGCAACCUAUGACUUGCAACCAGAGAUGAGUUGUGAUGGCGUUGCUGAAGAGGUAUACAGGGGGGGGGGGAGUAAACCUAAUCGUAACAGUCGCCACCAUAUCAGUAUACCAUGCAGCGCUAACUUGUGGGAACGGCAGGGGUAGUAUACUUGGAUGCACCAUCUUGCUAAUGUAAAUUUCCCUAGUUCCAGGUCUCUUUUCCAAAAGUCAUUACUCGAUCACACUUCAAACCUAAGAGUAGAUUGAAAGGAGCCGAAUAAUGCUUUCGUCUGGUUAUAAUUUCAUGAACUUAUGGAGGACUGUCGGACUGAAAAGUGAAAGAAAUAAGACUGAAACCCGACUUUUAAACAACUCUGAACCCUAACCAUCAUGGCAACUUAUGAUAAAAUAUAUAUAUCAAAAUACCAUACACUUUGGGUAACACUACUUUAUAUGUUCCUUGCAGGUUUGCGCAGGAAUACGAUGUGGUAAAUAUCCCUUCGUAAUGUGCAACUUUGCAGCUCCAGAUAUGGUUGGGCAUACAGGUCAAUAUGAACCCGCUGUGAAAGCUUGUACCGCUACAGGUAUGCUAUACAAGACACUAGUUGGGAAAUUUGACGGCAGUAACUAUGGUUGAACAAAAACUUAUGUUUUGUUGUUAGACAUGGCAAUUGGUAAAAUCAAAGCAGCCUGUGAGGAGAACGGUUAUAUUUUAUUUAUUACCGCUGACCACGGGAACGCAGAAAAGAUGUAUAGUGAGCAAGGUGGACCUCACACGGCACAUACAAAUUAUAGAGGUAUGGGUUCUAGUUAGUUUGAAGCUUCUCACGAUAGCCGGUCAAAUGGGGCAAACGCAUGGUUACUUGAGACAUGAGAACGAAUGGAACACACACAGAGCCAGUUGUUGUGGUGUGGUGGUCAUUACGCUUGCCUUCCAAACUGGGAGACCCGGCAGGGUGUUAGCUACAGUCAAAAAUUCCGCGUUAAACGCGUUUUUCCCAAUUACCUUGAGGUCGCAAUUUCCCAAUUUGGGUCAGAAAUUCAAUGUUGUUAAUACGCCGUUAUUUAAAAACAUGUUUAUAACUACAUUUGCUCAAAAUUACUCCCAAAUGCGAGAAAUGCUAUUUCAAAGACACAAAAAUUUUAAAAAUAGAGAGGGGGAAACCGCAUGCCCCCAGACCCACAAAGAAAUACCCGGCUUCAGGCUAAAAUAAAUUUCCCAAUUUCAGGUAAACGCGGAUUUUUUUUUACUUCUGGCUAACACCCUGCCCGGGUUCAAUCCUUGGUCUGACCUCUACUCAAAGUCUUAAAUAAUUGAGGAAAAAGUGCUAUUUUUACAUUCACAUCAGUAAAUGGUUAGACUUUCGCACCAUGCACCCCUGACAUGACCAUGCACCCAUGUUGACCAGCAUUUUUGCACCCCCCCCCCCCCCCCCUCCACCCACCCCCGGGCAAUAGUCUGUUGGGACAUCCGCUCACCAAUGAGUGAGGAAUUCAAUAAACAAUAAUUAUCAAUUAUUGGACGAGGUUGAGCAAAAUAUCGUGAUUUGUCGGUGGCGAGCAGAUCAAUUAUCAGAUACCCAUUGUCAGAUACCCAUUGACAUUUGAAUAAAGUCACUUAAAUGCUUGGUUACCUACAUUAUUCUCCAUUCUUGUAUUAUCAAUUCAGUAGUAACUAGGCAUGACAACGUGUAAACGUUAUUAGAAAGUUUGUACAAGAGAACGAAGUGCGAUGACGAAGCACCCGUUCCGCUCAUUGUAACCAAUAAUUUAUUGGCGUUGUAGUGCCAUUGUAUGUAAUAAAGUAUUGGGUUGUAACUGAAGACAAAACCACAAGCAUAUAGACAAAAGUUUUAGUUAUAAAUAAAUGUAAUUGGCUUAGCUUGGUGGAUGGUGGCGAGGCGAGGCGGUACGGUAUUUUCCCCGGAGGGGCAGCGGACCGCCGGCUUUAGGGUUAGGGUUAGGGGUUAGGGGUUAGAGGUUAGGGGUUAGAGGUUAGGGUUUGGAUUAGGAUUAACGUUUGGAUUAAGGACGAAGACAUACUUGACAAUUUUCGCCAGUCUGCGCAUUAUCGUGCGCAUACCGAGUUUACGGUGAGGGAAUUGGGUAAUUAAGCCUUUAGGGGUUAGGGGUUAGAGGUUAGGGGUUAGAGGUUAGGGUUUGGAUUAGGAUUAACGUUUGGAUUAAGGACGAAGACAUACUUGACAAUUUUCGCCAGUCUGCGCAUUAUCGUGCGCAUACCGAGUUUACGGUGAGGGAAUUGGGUAAUUAAGCCUGGUUUACACUAUCAAAGUUUCUGUGAUCACAGUAGGAAUUUUGCAUGGGUAAAUUCUAAGGUUUGAAUGAUUUGUAAGAUUUGUGUUUAAGUCAGUUGCUCAAAAAUGCGGACAUGUUUUUUUCUUCAUUUUAGUUCCACUAAUAAUGAACAACACAGAUCUGAAACUCGCGUGUCCUGGAGAUUAUAACGUUGCACUGUGUGAUGUUGCUACUACAAUACUGGAUGCCAUGGGUAUUGAACUAGCUCCGGAAAUGACUGGACGAUCUUUACUGGCGAAUUAA